UCCUCACGUGAAUCACUUCAGCUACUUCAAUGCAGUUGCCCUACUGCUGUUACAUCUAACCUGAGGAUUAUGACUGUUUAUGAAUACAGACGGCAGCACUUCUCUCGCAUAUAAACAUUAAAAAAAAAAAAAAUGCGCUUGCAGUUUCCGGCGCUUUCAGUUUCGAAUUUACUAUGGCGGCGAAGAGCAGCAACUCGUUGAACGGUGUGUGUCUGCCUGAACACGAGCCGACCGUUCUCCUGACAGGGUUCGGGCUGUUCCGUGACUACGGCCACAAUUCGAGUAAUGAAGUGGUCAAAGCCCUCGCCAAGACUGGUAUUCCUGGAACGAGACUCGUGACGAAAGAAGUUCCAGUAGAGUACGAUACUGUUUCAAGCGUGGUGCCUCAGUUGUGGGAGGAUAUCAAGCCUGAUCUUGUGGUCCACUGUGGAAUGAAUGCCACUGCCCGGAACUUGGUUGUGGAGAACCAAGCUUACAAUGGCAGCUAUUGUGCUGCCGACAACAAGGGUGCCGUACCUAAACAGGGCCUCUGCUGUGGGGUGUCUCCACAAAACGAACGACUCCGCACCUGCUUUGACCUCGGUGCACUGACCGAGAAGCUUAAGACAGCCGGCUGCCCGGUUCCCGUUGAGACUUCAAAUGAUGCUGGCAGGUUCCUGUGUGAGUUCAUCUACUUCACCUCACUCAGGAUCAGUCCUUGGACCGUAUUCAUCCAUGUACCACCUAUAGAUGAGCCCCACAGUGUUCAACAGCUUGCCUGCACGGUCAGCACUAUUGUAUUGACGCUUCUUGAGCAAAAAAAGAGUAUGGGAGAGUUAUCUGCCGUUGAUGCAAAGCUCGACCGGAGUCAAAGUCAGGAGAAGCAGGCUGUUGCAACAAAGAGCAGCAGUGAAAGCAGCUGAUGCACAUAAUUAUAUGUACACAAGCUUUGUAAGAUCAUAGUUAAGCGUAUCUCUACAAACUAGUAAAGGCCGACCCACAUGGAGCGAACUUUCCUGACGAAGUUUCGGCAGCAAGCGCCGACAUGACGAUGUGCCUUCGUCAUGCUGCACACACAUGCAAUGAAAAACAGGUGGCCACCGCCAGGCCGCCACCAUGAUUUCCACCGGAAGUAGGAGGCAGUCGAGCCCUGAUAGGUCCGAGCUGCCCGCAUGCAUUUGCCGAUUCUGGCGUUUUGGCAGCCGGCUUCUGGGCAGACGCCGCCGGACGGCUACCGUUGCUUUUUUCGCCAGAAAUUCGCUGCAUGUGGGUGUGCCUUAAUGGUAUGAGCCUGGAACCACAUUGAAUGAGCACACAUUAUUAAGAAAACAUGCCUUGUGCUUGCUUUAGUGGCUCGUUCUGAGAUAUUUUGCACUUUCUGGCAUUUGAAUUCUUCGCAGAAUGUGAAAGACAUUGCCGUACAACUGUUUUAAGGUCCGUAAGGUACAAAACCUACUGGUGGAAUCAUUAUUCUUUUAUUUGCCAUCGACCAAGCUUAGUUGUGGCUUGAAUUUUAUGUGCUGUUUAAGUUAACGUGUCAUUCAUGAGUUCAUUGUGCUAUGGAUAAACCUUUAGUGCAAUGUCUAGUUUAAAGUACAUGGCACACGGCAGUCCAAGGCUGGGGAUAACAAUCUGCUUCUUGCGACUACCUCAAUUAGCUGCUGUGUUUCCUAAGUGUUUAACCAGUCGCCAUCGACCAGACUUUGUGGCAUUACUGUUUUAAGCUUCAAAUAUUUAAUGUUUUCUAAGUCUAUGGCUAUCUCUGUUAUAUGGUGCCAAACAGCCUUUUUCCUAUAUCCAUGCUUCAGUAUGUUGUUACACACAGUUCAGCAUGUGCUCAUUUUAUGCUGGUCAAAUCUCUCAAGUCAGUGUCAUGAAAAGUUGCUGAUUGUAUAGUGAAGUGACUGUUCCUCCAGUUUUAAUUCUUUACUGCUUUGUUAGGUCAGGGUAUGAGCCCAGCUCAAAGUAAAGAGCCCGCCAGUGUCUCGCAAUGUGGUGAUCACUGAGUUACAGCUUCUGUCGUUGUUUUAUACAAAAAAGAAAAACUGAUAAAGUAACUAUGUUCUAGGCUUGCACGGAUGUUGGGCUUUGAUGUCAUGUGUGUGGUUUUCUGUAUGCUAGACUUAACAUAAAUGUUGAAUUUGAAUGUAUGGUUGCAUUUUAUCUACACUUACGUAAUCUGAUCUCAUCUAUAUCUCUCGUAUCACAAACUUGGUGGGCUCUCUCUCCAUAUAUCUCUCUCACUUUGCCUUUGGCACCCACUUGACUGUAUUUUUGUGAAACUGUAAUGUUUAGCAUGGGCACAUGUUAUAAAUUUUAAUUACAGGGGUCCUGCUCACUUUACCUAUGCCUUAUUUUUGUCAUUUUAUUGUGCUUUAGAUACUGCACUGUGAAUUUCUUAUGUACAGUGAGGGGCCCUACUCUUUUAUUUCUUCAGCAGCUGCUAGUUUUACUGGAAUAAGCUAUCCUCCAGCUACAUUUUAGAAUGUUUUACUAGAACGCCGGUUUGUUGUACCCGUGUUCUAGCCACAUUUGUAUUCCUAUUAUUUGGCUUCUCAUUAACAGCAAGCUCAAAGGUGUUCUUCUGUUAUCGGUACAUUUUGUUGCAGAUGCUCCUGUUUGGCCUUUUCACCACCAUAGGCCACUAAGGUGCAUUAUACCCCAGCUGAGCUUACAGCUGCCAGAGGAAACAUCUAAGAGAUGUUGCUGACAGUGUAUGGCAGGGCAGGUAACAAAUUUUGUUGAGAAGAGUGCUAACUGUUUAGGGAAAAUGUAUUGGAUAUUUCCUGUGCUUGCAUGUGGAGGCGAAAUGCAAAAACGCCCAUGUGCUUGCGUUGUAGUGCACGUUAAAGAACCCCAGGUGGUCAAAAUUAUUCCGGAGCCCUCCACUACGGCGUGCCUCAUAAGCAGAACUGGUUUUGGCACGUAAAACCACAGAAAGAAGAAGAAGCAUAUGUGAGGAUUUCUAAAUUUAUAUUAUGCCAACAACUUCUAAAAUCUUUUUCAUUCAAGGUGUGCAAUUACGCUCUUCGACAUAGUGAUGCACAUCGUGAUGUGACCUCGUGAGCUACCAAAGCAUCUUUAUGUGUUUAACCUAGUCUGUUACUAACGAAGCAGCAUGCGAAGCUGAAUAUUGUGUGCCACAUGCAACUGUUUUAUUCCUUUGGACAUCUUUUUAUCACUUGAAUGUGUGUCUAAAGGGCUUUACUGUGUGAACAUGUUAUUGAAAGUGAAGCUUUUUUUCUAUGCAUUCCUUUUAUGAGGCAAAAUGAAAUAAAAAGCUC